GUGGAAUAAUCAAGAAAAUGAAAAGAAGAGAGGGACUUUUGGAGAAAGAGAAAGGGAGAGAGAGGAUGAGCACAUCCUCUGUUUUCUUCUUCUACAUAUAAAAUCCGUAUGUAUGCAUUAUAGCUAAUCUGCAUAUAUAUGCCUGUUGUUUAGAUCUCGGUUUCAUCUUAUUUUUUCUUCGGAAUGAGCUGUUGGAUUGGGGUUUGAUUGAUGCAACAGGGAUCCAAUGUUCCUGGAUUGAAUCUAACGUUUCCCAAUCAGUAUUUGCAGCUGAGGUCUGCCUGAUUUUUCUAGAAUGAUGGAGUCGGAUCUCGGUAAGGUAUUUAUUGGUGGGAUAUCUUGGGACACCGAUGAGGAAUGUCUCAAAGAGUAUUUUAGAUCUUAUGGAGAAGUGGUGGAGGCUGUAAUCAUGAGGGAUCGCAAUACUGGUCGUGCUCGUGGUUUUGGUUUUGUCAUAUUUGCUGAUCCUGCAGUUGCUGAAAGAGUUGUCAAGGAGAAGCAUAUGAUAGAUGGGCGAACCGUUGAAGCAAAGAAGGCUGUACCAAGGGAUGACCAAAACAUGAUAAAUAGAAACAAUGGUGGAAUUCAAGGAUCUCCGGGUCCUGGACGCACUAAAAAGAUAUUUGUAGGAGGAUUAGCAUCUACUGUCACUGAGAAUGACUUUAAGAAUUACUUUGACCAGUUUGGUACAAUUACAGAUGUUGUAGUGAUGUAUGACCACAACACUCAACGCCCGAGAGGGUUUGGAUUUAUAACUUAUGAUUCGGAGGAUGCUGUGGAACGGGCAUUGUAUAAGACCUUUCAUGAACUCAAUGGUAAAAUGGUUGAAGUGAAGCGUGCAGUUCCAAAAGAGCUGUCUCCAGGGCCUAGCCGGAGCCCUCUGAUUGGAUACAACUAUGGUCUUACUAGACCCAACAAUUUCCUCAACAAUUACGCACAGAAGUAUAAUCUGAGUUCAAUUGGAGGCUACGGGGUAAGGGUUGAUGGUAGGUUUAGUCCAGUUUCCAGUGGUCGUACAGGGUUCUCUCAAUUUGCUAAUCCUGCUUAUGGAAUGGGUAUGAAUUUGGACCCAGCUUUGAGUCCUAGCUUUGCUGGUGGUUCCACCUUUGGUAGUAGCCUUGGCUAUGGGCGGGUUCUGAGCCCAUAUUUCAGUACCAAUUCAAGCAGAUACAGCACUCCAAUCGGAUAUAAUAUGGGCAGCAACCGUGGGGAUUCACUUUUGAGCUCACCAACAAGGAACAUGUGGGGAAAUGGGGGCCUUAAUACUUCUCCAACUGCCAAUAGCUCUGGUUCAUUUUUGACCUCUGGUAGCUUUGGAGUUUUUGGAAAUAAUGGUGCGAAUUGGGUGUCAUCUAUUUCUGCUCCGGUUGGGGGAAAUUCUUCUGGCUAUAGUGGUGGGAAUGUUGGAUUUAGGGGCGAAGAGAGCAAUUAUGGGUUGGGAUCCGGAGGACUUGGAAGAAAUAAUAUAGCAGGUGUUGCCACAGCAUCAUUUGCUGCAUCUAAUGGUGCUUACGAGGGGUCUUAUGGGGAUUUCGAUCGCAGUGCUUCGAUGUACGGUGAUCCAACUUGGCAAGCUGUAUCUUCUGACCUGGAUGCUUCUGCUUCUUUUGGAUAUGGACUCAGAAGUUCCGGAGAUGCUUCUGCCACCUCUGAAGGUUAUGUUGGAGGCUAUAGUAUUGCAAAUAGAGGAAUUGCAGCAUAGGUUUUCAUUAUUUGGAUACAUGAAAUUAAUGUUUAGGAGAAGGGACUGCAAUGAGAGACGUGGGUCUUGAAUAUCUAUUAUCAUAUCCCUCUCGGAAUACAAUGAAAAUUGAUAGUGCAGAGCUAACAGUGGCAUCGUCUAUAAAAGGGUGAACAUACAGACAUUCAGAGAGAGCAAGUUUAAGGGAUUUUUGUUUUAAAGUUUCGAAUUUUAGUUCCAUUAUCAGCAUUUAAUGAUGUAAAUCGAACUGGAAGAUAGACUCAUGAUGAUAUGCCUUGCCGAUGUGCUGCUUAUGAAGAAACAGGCGAGUACCCCGGGUACAGCAUUUAGAGGUAGAUUAUUUUGAUUAUUACAUAUUCAUUUUUUGUUUUUUUUUUUUUUUGUCUAAAACUUAUUGUCCAUUUUAGUGAUCAUACCAGACCAGCAAAGUUUGGUAUUUGUUUGUGGUUGCUGCUGCUUAUUAUAGUUUUGUGGAUUCUUGUCUCUGGGAUUGUUUGUGCCAGAGAAGUGUUUGAUUUAUAAGUGUGGAAGAAGGGAUACCAUUUAGGGUCCCCAUUGAAUGAAUAAAAGACUCCAAAUAUUCUCAUCAUU